AUGAACGGGCCGGCGGACGGCGAAGUGGACUACAAGAAGAAAUACCGAAACCUGAAACGGAAGCUCAAGUUCCUCAUCUACGAACACGAGUGCUUUCAGGAGGAGCUGAGGAAGGCACAGAGGAAGCUGCUGAAGGUGUCCCGGGACAAGAGUUUCCUCCUAGACCGGCUCUUGCAGUACGAGAACGUGGAUGAAGACUCUUCGGACUCAGAUGCCACUGCGUCUUCAGAUAACAGUGAGACAGAGGGGACACCCAAGUUGUCGGACACGCCAGCCCCCAAGAGGAGAAGAAGCCCUCCGGUGGGGGGUGCCCCCUCCCCCUCCAGCCUCUCUCUGCCUCCUUCCACAGGGUUUCCCCUGCAGGCCUCCGGGGCCCCCUCCCCAUACCUGAGCUCGCUGGCUUCUCCCCCCUACCCCCCCUUCCCUUCUGACUACCUGGCCCUGCAGCUGCCCGAGCCCAGCCCCCUGAGGCCCAAGCGGGAGAAACGGCCCCGCCUGCCCCGGAAACUCAAGAUGGCGGUGGGACCCCCUGACUGCCCUGUGGGAGGGCCGCUGACCUUUCCCAGCCGGGGUUCUGGGGCUGGGGUGGGGGCAGCCCUGGCCCCACUGCCUCCCCCUAAGAUGCCCCCCCCCACGAUCCUGAGCGCAGUCCCUCGGCAGAUGUUCAGCGAUGCAGGCAGCGGGGACGAUGCCCUGGAUGGAGACGAUGACCUGGUGAUCGACAUCCCGGAGUGA